AAGUAAAGUGGGAGAGAGAGACGCGCAUGCCCGAGAAGAAAACUGGUAAGCGCGUCCUCGAGAGCUGCGCACGGGCGCGGCGGCGCGCUCCCUGUCGGAGGAAGAGCAGCAGCAGCAGCAGCAGCAGCAGCAUCGAAGAGGGAGGGGCUCUCUGGGCUCUUUCCGAGGCGCUGCCGAUCCGCAGGCUGGUCGUGCCUGGCUGGCCCUGAGCUCGCCUUCCUCUUGGCGGGGCGGGGCGGGGCGGAGGGGCGCCUGAGAGGAGCAGGGAGGCGCCGGUGGCCGCGGCUCUGAUCCCGACGUGGAGGAGACGGUGAGUGCGGACGGAGGGAACCCGGGAGCCCAUUCUGCCCUCGCUUUUGCCCUUUCCCCCUUGCCAUAAGCUCCCCGCCCCCCAUGCCGGGUGUGGCUUCCUUGUCCUUCGCUGCCCUCGCCACACUUGGUCUGAGGGGAGUCGUUGCCGCCCUCCUCUCGCCUGCUUCCUCUGCAUCUAACCCCGGUCUCCUGCUCUCCUUUCUUACCCUCUAUUGUCCAUGAAUGCCUCCCCCAAUGAUUGCAAGCUAGCCCCCCCCCGUGCCCCAUUUCUGUGGACCCUCUUCCUCCCCCCCCCCACCUCGACCGAUCCUUAUCGACCUCUGUGAGCGGUUCGUUAUCAACAUCGUUUCUUCUUCUUCCUCUUUUAUUUUUUAAUUUAAUGCGCGCACCGUCACGCAGUUGGAACCUCCAUGGACAGAGGCAGUGUAUCUUUCACUACUACAUGGUGGGGGCAGACGACAGGGAGGAGGAGGAGGAGGAGGCUGCUAUCUCCUGCUUUCAUGCUCUGCUUGUGGGUUUUCCCGAAGGCACCUCUCUUGGUCACUGAUGGAAAUAGGAAGCUGGAAUAGGUGGACAUCUGAUGCGGUCCAUCUUAGCAAGGGAGUCUUCUUAUUACCAUCACCUGCUCAAGAGACUGUUGUGUCUGUCCUCCUUCUCUGCUUCCUGUGCUACCUCCGAAGGGCAUUGUGUCCUAAGCCCUUCUUUUUGUCAAUUCUUAGUACCUCUUCCCAGUGCGGGUGGCCCCCUUUUCUGCCCCCUUCAUAUCAAACCCCUUGAAUCCUCUACUAUUCCAUUCCAGAGGAGAUGUUGGCCUGCCCCUGACUGCCCCCACCCCCCACCUAUGUGGGCAGCUGUGCCCUUCUGCCACCCCCCAACUCAAGAAUCUACUGUCACCACCCCUUUUUUCCUUUUGCUGUCUGCAAGGGGGUGAUGCCUUCACCAAUUCCCUACUGUUGCCUCUCAACAGCACCUGCCUCUGUCCGCUCCCCCUUACUGCCUCCUACAAAUAUGUUACCAAUGCUCCCCUUCGCCAGCUCCAGAACCAAUUAUUUUUCUUCCUCAUUUUUCUCCUCUGCGUUGGCCUUGCUCCUUUUUAAUGUGCGUUUUCUGGCCUUACUUCUGCCAGGCAUUUCUUAUCCUGAUUAUUUCCCCUGCUUCUAAAGCAACUUGUUGCCUUGCCUGUUUGCACACAUCUAUUAUUCCUGUCCCCCCAUCUCUUCUCACCAACCUUUCUAUCCCCUUUCUGUUACAUGUGCAUCAUUGCUGCUCUUUAUUGCUUCUUUCUGCCCUUCUCCAUUGCUAAGCCAGUCAUUCCUUUCUUCCAGUUGUCCACCUUCCUUUUCAUUUUUUUUAUUGUGCUCUUUAUACCAUUUAGACCUGCCAUAUUGAUACUUCAUUUACCACUGGUCACUCUUAUCUAUGUUUCUUGUUGGCUUAGCCCUUAUUUCUUGUACUUUCUCCCCUGUUCCAUAAAGGCACAAUGUGUGCCUCCCGUGUGAUGGGAAACUGGUUUCUCCAUCACAUGAAUGAGCCAUGGCAAGUAUUGGGUUUACCCACUCCCCUCUCCUGUUUGUGUGCUAGAAGAGGGGAUUAGAAGCAUCUGUGGCCAGUUUUAAACUCGCUCUGAUGCCCUGUGAUGUCCAGUCUCAGGGCUCAUCCACACUAAUUUUACUCCAUACUUUCUAGGCAGAGGUCCACGUUUUUCCAGUCUGUGUCCGAGCACAUUUUUUUUGCCCCACCACUUCCCCUGCAAAAACCUGCUCUUUAAUGUUCUCUGUAAUCUGUAGAAAACCCUAAUUGCUGUUUGUUCCAAUUCAGCAUUAAAGAGCGGGUUUUCCUGGGGAAAGUGAUGGGGCAAAAUAAAAAACAAAACAAAAAACCCAAACCACCACACUCAGACACAGACCAGUAAAGGACAGGGCAGACAGUAGGUGUGGAUGAGCCCUCAGAGUUGUGGCUUGUUUAGUGACAUCAAGCCAGGAUCAUAUUGUGGUUCCAGAUUGUUUCUUGUUCUGAAACCAUAGUUAAAGCAAACUACAGUUUUAAACUGGCAGCAGAUAUUUCUAAUUUCUUUCUGGCAUUCUCACUGCUGCUUAUUCAUAGACUGAGAAACCAAGGUUCCCCAUUACUUCUGAUAGAAUGAUAAUUCACUCUCCUCAUCCAAAGAGGAGGAGGAAGAGGUGGUGGUGGUGGUGGUAAUGGAUGGGGUGGGGAGGAUAAUGUUUCCAUUAGGGAAGAGGUGGAGUUCUUGACUUGUUUCAAUUAGAAUGUAUAAUUUCCUCAUUGAUUGGUGUGGAUGGGUUUGUCAGCACAAUGAAGUAUGUCAUAGGCACAGACACACAGGUUAAAGGAACCCGUGGGUUCAUUCUCUGUGUCCUCCAUGUGGAUCCAAAACGUAAAUGUUUGCCUUAAAGUGGAAAUGGAAAAUAAUCUUUAACAUCAAGCUACUUGCAUUCAUAUACCAAUGUAUCUGUUCUUUGCAGUUUGGGUAAGCUUGCAUUUUGUAGCAUAGGAAUUAACUUUGGAAAUAUUUUUCUAUUUUUCUGCUUCAUCAGUUUACAGAUUUCACCUUCCCAAGUCUUGAACAUCAGAGUUUUAAGCGGUGGUAGAUUAAAAGCAGAAUUCUCUGCAAUGUGAUUUGGAAAUAUGCCCUACUGUGUUCAGAGGGGAUUGUUCCUAUGUGUUUAGGAUUGCAGCCUAAGUUUCAAACCGCUUCAGUUAGUAAGUGUUUGCCUUCAUCCCCACCAUUACUUUUUAUAAAAUCCUCUUUUUGCUUUAAUUCUAGCAAUGCAAAUAAAAGAUGCUCAGUAAAAAUGUUUGACAAUUUAUUUUCUUACCCUAAAAAUACUUUUUCUGUUUUUUCCUGUCAGCAUCUUCUGUAGAACAACAGAUUCAGUUUUACAAAUUUCCUUAUGUAAAACAUACAUUCUUCAGAGAAAUGGUACACUGUAGUGUUACACAAGGAAAUAAGUAUAAUUUUACCACAUUACAUCAUAGAUUAUGAAAACUCACUUGCUCAUGCGUUAUUUGGGUAAAAAUGUUUUGCCUUUUCUAGAAGACCGUUUUAGCUUAAAUUUAAAUGUGGACAUGUGCACUGUUUUCUCAGUCAAAGAUUUAAAUUGUUUUUCUGUGAAAUUUUAAAAUAAAUAAUAGAAUGAAUAUCUUUCCAUAUAAGCCUAAGAACAGUCCCUCUUUCUUUGUUGUUGAUAUUAUUUUUUGUUGUUUUUCCUAAGAAGUGUCCCAAAGCAACUUGCAAACUGAUACAAUCAUUAAAACCAAGUAUAAAAACCAGAAUAAAAUGUAAAACACACACACAGGCAGGUAUAACUCAACCCACUCUUGGUAAAGAUGAGUAAGAAAAUGGCCACAAAUCAUGUUAUAAUGAUAGUCGUAGGCUGCUAAAUAAUAAGGGAUAUUAAAUACCGCAGCAAUGCUAUAUGUUUGCUUUCAGUGCUUGAAUACACACACACAGGUUCUGUGUGCCUUUUUACUUUUAAAAUCUCUCUACUGAGAAAUAGUAAAUCAGGUCAUUAAGCAAAACUUUUGUAUUUCAUACAUGGUUUUGAUUUUUAAAACUUAAAAGUACAAUGAACCAUUUAAUUUCAAAACUCCUAUGUGUAUAUUACUACUUUUUCUGUUGAUGCAGUUUCACACAGUUUUCACAACCAGUCCUCAGCUCAAAGCAGUUCCAUCAGUUUUUAGUUCUUCAUUGCAAAAAGAUUACAGGCAAUCUUUGAAUGCAUAAAAUUCCAACCUCUUGAUUCAAUCUAUUAGUCAUUUUGUUAUAUUAUAAGAACAAAAAGUUCAUGAGCCAAUUUGUACCCAGUCAUGGGUUGUGGUUCUCUUUAAGAACCUUGCAAUUGUCAGUCUAUUGUUAUCUGUUUGUAAAUGGAAAAACUGAAACAGAGGUCAUUUAAGGUUACUUAUGUCAUCUCAGUUCAGCAGCCCAUAAAGCUUGAAGCUAGUGUUCUGUGCUGUACUGUAGCUGUAACCUCCUUUUCAUCGGAUAAUGCAAUGUAUUUUGCUGCAUUGUAGAUUUCUUCGUAGAUCAGCAUUUCUUUCUGUUGAAGGUCUUUUUACUAAAAAUGUCACUUUGCAAUCCUCCUUGUAAAGACAGAGUGUUUACAGAAAGCAGAAAAUGCUGCUCUUUAAUCGUAGCCUGAUCCUUUAAGCAAAUUAUUUCAGUUUGUGUUCCCUUCUUCAUCAGUGCCCCUCCCCUCUCAGUUUAAAGAAGAUGCAAUGCUGAAUUGGGUUUCUAGAAUUCUGUACUAAAUUUCUCAGUUAACAGUUGGACCACCCCCACCCAAACAUUAUGUGCUUAACAUAAAAAAACAAAUAUGCAGUAAAUAUUUUGGCUGCGGAGUCCUGCUUCUUGAGCACUAAAUGUUCAUGCAAAGUUAGCCUCUAACCAGAAAGAACGCCAAGAUUUUUUUUAAAAAACCUACUGUGGUUAAAUGGUAUAUAAUUGGUUUAAAUAUAAUGGUUUAAAGAAAGUUCCUCAUUGCUCUGCUUUCCUACACAUCUUCCAAACUGAAAUGUUUGGGACUUGACUUGUGAAGUCACCUGUCUACGGAAUGAUAAUACUGCUACUUAUUUCUGUUCUCUCUUACAAACAACGUGGUGUCCUGUAUCAUUCCUGAAACUUUUAUUGACUGACUAAAGUAAUGGCCAUCUAAUAUUUUUAACCUAAGGCCAUUUCCAACCAUUAUAAUAUACAGUGGUACUUCGGUUUAGGAACUUAAUCCGUUCCUGAAGUCCAUUCUUAAACCAAAACCGUUCUUAAACCAAGGCGCGCUUUCCCUAAUGAGGCCUCCCGCCGCUGGUGCCCUUCCACCAUUCAGUUUCCGUCUGUAGAUCGAGAUAAAGUUCACAAACCGGAACACUACUUCCGGUUUUGCGGAGUUCCUAAACCAAAUCGUUCAUAAACAGGACUAUUCUUAAACCAAGGCACCACUGUACUUUUAUGUAUAUAACUGAAUAUUUCUGAUACUGUUCUCCUCCUACACACACACACACACCCCGCUCUAUCUUUGAUAUUUGGCACAUUUUGGGCUUAUUGCUGCUAUACCAAAAGCUGCUGAUUUCCUAGAUAUAUAGUCAUUUUGAUUUACCUUUUUCUUUUUCCCUAAUAUAUGUAUUCCUGCCCUGUGGGUGAACUACUUCAUAUAGUUCUUUCCCCCGUGCACAAACCAAACCCCCACAAUCCCUGCUGGAAGCCAUGCGUCGCAACAGGGCUGAGUGAGGGAUAAAAUUGCAUGCCAUGCCUUGUUCUCAUUUCAGUCUGAUGUAUAUCAUGUAGACGUGCCCCAACUACAAUGUAGCUAACUUACUGUUGUGAUCCAGGGAAGGCCACAGGAGUUUGAAAUAUAUUUUCUUUUCUUUGCCAUGCCCUGUGUUCUUUUUGCUUCAGGACCAGUUAUUGGAGUACUGAUGAUAUUGUGGUAAGACACCUUGAGAAUGUGACAAGGACUGGGGAGCAGAGAAGUCCCUACUUUUUAAGUGUUUUCAAGCUUAAGUGUGGAACUCCACUGAAUUAUUGAUUUGUAUAUGUAUGUUUUAUGAGGCAUAUAUCUUCAUUUUGUAAUUCUAGAGAAUAUCCAGCUGGCUGAUAUAAUUUGGGCAAUACUUUAAAAUGUACAUUGUUGACUGUUAAUGCACACUGGGAGAAAUAUUGAUUAAAUCAAUAUAUUUAUAAAUAUUUAUUUAUUUUCCUAAACAUUGUUUCCUUGGAAAUUGAAACCAGCAGAAUAUUAUUGAAAGCUAUUCGCACGGCUUCUACAAACACCAUUUAUUAAACUGAUAGUACCAAACAACACAUUUCGAAUAACUUUCAUUGUUAAACACAUGAAUAGUAAGUACUUCUGUAAAGUUUUUUACAGUUUGUAAUGCUCAGAGGAGUCCGCAAUUUUGGCCUGGCCUGAGCCUUGCUAGCCAAGACUCUAGGACCAGAUUUGCCCCUACACAUCAGUGCCCUGCCAGCCUUUCCUGCAGGCUUACUGAUUUCACUGUUCCAAAUGAGAUAUGCCAUGUGCCUCAUUAACAAAGCAACUAAGCAACUUCCACCCUCUCCAGUUCUCUCCUCUGAUUGUUUGUAAGAAGUAAAAACUUCUUUGUUCAGUAGCACUUAUUUCCAAAUCAGAUUGCAGCCUCAGCAUACUAAUAAGUGAUCUUGUUUAGCAUCCUAGGUUUCUUCAUGGACUAGUAUAUGUGAUCAAGAUAUAUGAGGCUCAGCUCUGGCUGCAAACUUUGGAGGGUCCAAGGUACAGGGUGUUCACAGUGGUAGCUCUGUUUCUGUGGAACUUGCUUACUGGAAAAACUUGUCAUUGCUCCUCCUUGAUGUCCUUUUAGAGACAGAACAAAUAAAUGUCAUUCAGCUGCUUGUGAGUGCUAUUUUGGCCACUAUAGUGAUAAAGCUUCAUACAAAACUAUAUUUUAUCAGUCAUCUGAAUAGAUAGAAACACAAUUGUAGAGUUGGAAAUGAAUCCUAAGGGUCAUCCUAGUCCAACCCCCUGCAAUUCAGAAAUCUCAAAUAAAUGACAAGUUCUCACACUUGAAAGAAUGGUCUCAGGUUUUUUAAAAAAAAAACUACCUUCCCAUAGAUCUUUUUCGUGCACAUGAUAACUAAACAUUAAAACUUAAAGUAAAACAGUACCGUACAAUUCUCUUGUUUUCUCUUUAGGCAGACUCCUGCUUCAAGUCUGGAAUACAAAUUAAGGAAGGUUGCUUUGAGUGGACAAUGAUUAGAGAUACAAUGAAGGCGUGGAGUGACAGUCAGUCAGAUCUUUACAGCAGUGACCUAGAAGAAGAGGAAGAAAUGAUUUUUGGAGAAAAUGAAGAAGACUUGGAAGAGAUGAUGGAUUUAAGUGACCUGCCUACCUCACUCUUCGCCUGUAGUGUUCAUGAAGCAGUGUUUGAAGUUCAAGAGCAAAAGGUAAGACAUGGACCAAACUAGUGUUGAUCUAUUAAAAUGCCUGUAAAAAAAGUGUGCCUUUAUAUCUUACACUGGUAAUUUAUCUGAUACAGGCAACUUUAAGUUCACAUGACCCAAAUACACAUAUGAUAUUGCUUUGUUUUUUAUGAGGGGCCAGAUAAGAAUAGAUUAUGCAGAAAGGGAAGUGAAUGGGAAAUGUUCGGUAUUGUACUGAGCUUUUUUUUAGUUCCAGACAGUGGUCUGGAAGAAUCUUCUACAGCUUGGUUGUUCAACUGGUGGGUCUGCAUUGGCACCCACUAUUGAGUUGUAACAGUAACACUACCACCCAAAAAAUAAUAUGGAAAAAAAAGAAGAAGUAGAUCCCCAAAUGCAUGGUGUUUUGAGUACUACUUAUUAAAUCAGCCAUGUGCAUAAGAGUGGUUUGGCCUGUCAUAUCUUCUUUUAUGGGCAUACAUACAGUCCCUUUGCUCCUCCCUAAGAUAUGAUAAACAUUUCCCAGCUUAAACAGAGAAGCUCCUUCUUAUAUUAAGCGCAUCUUGUAUGAAUGCACAUGUAGAAUUUCCCUCUUCAUUUCAAUGGAGAGGACAACAUGUGCCAGGUAUGGAUACUUGUAAACAAACCCACUCUUGCAGAAACUCCAUGUGCUUUUCAGGUUACCUCAAAAUUUUCAUCUAACUUGCUCAUACUUUUGCAUUAACUACUUGUUUAGAAAGCAAAGAUUGUGAUUGCUAUGUAAAUCAAGAAACAGAGUUGGCAUUGCUUACAGUAAUGAGCAGCAGUUGUAUGGUUUAUGCAUUGCAAUCCUAUGCAAUCCUUGCUGCAGUUGUUGAGAUUUGGACCAGUGUAAACAUUCAUAGGAUUGCAACCUUAAACACGGGAAGGCCAGUUUGUUCUGCAAACAAUUUUUAUGAGGUAUCCAACAUUUCAAACCUCAUAAAUAUCCCCACAGAAUUUUAAUAGCUUGCUGAGGGCUGGCAGAGCCUAUUUCAUUACCGUGCUGGGCACAAAGGGGGGAUGGAGCUCUCCAUACACACACCCUUAGCCAGCUCACUCACCUGCAUGAAGUACCUGGUUGCCUAUAGCAAGGCUGCACAUUUCUUUUUGAAGAAAACCAAGGCAGAUAAUGAAAAUAUCAAAGCUGCUGAAUUAGUCACACACCAGGCUUUAGAAUACGCCUUGGAACUUAGAUUAGCUUCUAUAGCAUUUUAGAAUGGCUCUCUCUGGGUCACUUUAACUUCCUAUAAUUUUGGCGGAAUAGAAUGCUUUGAAGAAACAGGUUUUGGAUAAGCAAAUAGACCUCUUCCAAGAGUGUGAAUGCUGUUACUGAGAUCUGAUCCUGAAGUUCUCAAAAUCAUUUAAAUAUUGAACUGCUUUUUAAAUUCUUCUCCCUCUCUGUCAUCUUUCUUUAAAACAAACAUAUAUUUAUUCAUGUAGAGGGAGUAAAACACUAUUAUUACUUUUCAUUGUCAUGGCAGUCCUAGAGUAAGGUAGAUCAUGCGUAAGCAGGCAUGUUUCCAUGACAGCUCUGUGCAAGGCUGAAUGUGUUCCUGGAUUAAUAUAGAUUUACAUUUUUAUAAUAUGUGUUGCUGACAAAACAUGGGGGUUUUUCUGCUGGUAUCAAGUGUUGUGUGAAAUACUGGAUUUUAGAUAAGCUUUGUGUGCUACAGAUCUCUCAUGUGGAUUUUUUAAAAGGGAAUAAAGACUUGCCUUUUAGUGUCUUCUUUUUUCUAGUCUGUUUAAAAUGUGAUUCGUCACAAUUUAAAUAGCCUUAAUACUGUUCCCUAGAGUUGGGUUAAUCUUUCAUCUAUUUCAAACAGAAUAUCUUAAAAUUGCAAACAUACAAUAAAAUUGAGUGUAACAGUUGUUGGGUAAGUAUUUGUAAACGUCUAGACUCUGGAAUCAAAGUUUUAAAAGCCCAGGCACCCUGCUUCCUAUUCCCUACCUCUUUUUCCCCACGGGCUGUAAUUUAGGUUGACCAGAAUUCCAUCAGCUGGUGGGUGUUAGCUGGGUUCAGAUACACUAUUUCCAUUCCAACAAACCAUCCUUUUUUUGCAAAAGUAAUGAACAUGUGGUCCCACUCCCCCUCCCCCCAAAAAAUCUUUUCCUUCUGUCCUCAUGUUUGUAAGGAGUGUUUAAACCACAGUUUCUCUGUUGGGACAUCAUGAUUUAACUGGGGAAACUGAUUAAAAAAUCAGAAAGUAUCUGCAGCUGGGCACACAAGAAGGGAGAAGGGAGCUUGUUGUUUGUUCCUGCUCCGAAAAACCAUAGUUUCUUGGAACUGAAAUGUAGCUUCUGCAGCUGGCUGAUAUUUGUGAUGCCCAAAAAAAGCUUUUAAGCAGAAUGGCAAGUCUACAAUUUCACUGACUAAAACUGUUCAUAAUAUGGUUCAGAUACAAAUCAGGCUGAAUUAUAUUGUUCUGAAUUACAGUUUCCAGUCUUGUGUUUCAGAUUUCUUUUUUGCAGUUGACAGAGGAGCUAACAUGACCUUGAAUGUUGAAUAAACACCAGUUUUUCUUAAUUUCUGAUAUAUCAGGUGUUAGUUUUAACAUCUGAUCAGCAUUCAGUUUUGCUGAAAUAAUGUUAGCUACUAAUAUUCACAUCUGUUUAUGGAGAUGUUUCCAUAACACCAUUCAGUCUUAUGCACAGUCUUAUAUUGCAGUCUUGUAUUAUUCACACUUACCUGGGACAUACUUAUGGGUGGACAUGCAUACGAUUACACUAUGAGAAACUUAAACCUGACAGUUUCAGAUACCAAAUUAAAUAUGGUAGUAUUAAAGAAUACAAAAGGAGUAGUUUUGGUGAGUGCUGACACCCCCCCCCCAUGUUAGAAAGGAAAUAUAAUCUGCUGAGGAGGAGAAGAAAUAGUGUAGUCUAGAAUGGGAGGUAUUUUUGCUUUGUUUGAAGCUCUUGGAGGCAUUAAAAGAUUAGGAAAGGAAUCCAGUAGGGAAGAUAUACUAUGCAUCCUAUCUAAAUGAAGAAGAGCUCUCUAGAGUGAGAGAUAAGCAUCAAAAAGGUGACAUUCGAAACUGCAGUGGGGUGGGGUUUGAAUGCUUAUAAUUUCAGGGUCAGAUGUUUUAGGGUUAGAGUUUAUUAAUUUCAUAAAAUUGCUUGGUUGGAAAACAAACAGCAGUUUAUAAAAAGGGAGAGGACUCUCAAACCAUAGGGCCAUGGGAACAAGCCUGGGUGGGAGUUUUUCAGUAGCAGGCAGCAUGGUGGGGUGGUGGGAGUUGCCUCGCCUGAUAGCUGAGUCAUUGCUGCCUCCUGCAGUGCAGUGGGGAGGUUGGUGUGGGCCAAAUGCACCAGUGUUCCUGCCAGUACAUUUGAACCAUGACCUCUUUCCUUCUGCCUUGCCAUUCACCUUCCCAGAAAGCAGUGGCAACUCAGCUGCCAGGAGAUCAGGUGAGUGCCACACCCCAACCAUGUUAUUAGCUACUGUUUGAAGAAGGAGAAAAAGAGAAACUGGUCCUAUCAUCAAACUAAAAAACUUUAAAAAAAAUGCACAAAAGGAAGGGGGAAUUGAGAGUAGGUCAUGUGCAGAGAUUAACACUUGUCUACUUUUCUUUGUUGUAUAUACAGUGUUGUAAUCCACACGGAGCAUCUGGGAUUGAGCAGAAUAAAAAGCUGAAAAUACAUGUAUUUAUUGAACCAUUGUUGCUGAAAAUGUGCUGUGCAACUAUUGGAUGUGUUGUGUAGCUAAACCCACACCACCUUCUGAAACUAUUAUUUCUUAUGUUUGACCUGCUUAUUUUGAACAUCCUUUGAUUUUUAAAUUUGAGGGAAAUAUAUGUUUAAGCAGGUUACAGAAGUUCCAACCUGUGGGUGGAUAGGUCUUGUCAAUCCAACUGUUGCAUUUUAUCAGUUUUUAAAAGCUGGUCAUUAUCUGAGAUUUCUAGUUUACUAGAAAAUCAUGGAUACUUACAGGUCUGACCCCAUCAUGGAAAUACUUAUCUCUUCCUGCCUUGCAUUCUGCGUAGAGCUCAUCUGCUAUGUAGCCAAGCUCUGUGCAGUUGUUGUUUCUGGCUCACUGCAUAAAGCAUAGGAGGCAGGGACCCAUCCCGGGAAUGCUUCACUGCAAAAAUAACCCGGUAUGAUUAUUUUGGUCUUGUUUCCUAUAAUCCUUAUUAUCUCAUCUCAGUAACUGCCUGAUAUGUUAUCCCAUAAGCCUGAUCUAUUCAUUUGGCUGCCUCUGCAUGUUCAUUUCCCAAUGUUCUGAAAAACAUGGUGACUUAACAAAAUUGUGCCUCCUUUGCACAAGGUCAUCUUGGUCAAAUGUGACCGGAGAUGAUGUAGUGCUGUGUGUUACGCUGCAUACUUUUAUUUUAUUGCAAGCACUUCUCUCAAUUUACAAUUCACAGCCCCCAAACCCUGACCUUGGGGGGCCCUUCUGUGCCAGAGUUCUAUGGCUUAAAGGGGGUUAAAUAGUGAAAUAAGAUACUUAUUUUUGGCAGCAAGUAGCCCUAGGCAUCCAUAAAUGAGAAUUUCUUUACCUCAGUGGUUCCAGCAAGGGCAUAUUCAAUAGGUGUGUGUUUAGAUUCCUGGGGCCCAAAAUACACCAGGGGAAAACUAAAGCAUCUUUCCAUCCCCAGGAAAAGGAGCUGGCAACAUGUUGUCAUAUUAGGUAUGCAUAUAAUUUUAAAAGCAGCUUACUUAACAGCUCUUGGAUAGAAGAGAGAAUUAUGUAAUAGCUGAUCUAAUAACAUUCCUAUUGCUGCUUGGGUGGGUGAUGGUAAAUGCAACUAACUAAAAGAUGCCUGCUCUCAUGAGGGGGUGAGUUGUUUUCUUAGUAGACCUUUCUUUUUCAAAGUUUGUACCCAGUGGAAGUGAAAUAGAUCAGUAUCUUUUUAAAAGGUGCUUAUUUCUAGUGUGGUAUGUUGAAGAUAGUAUGUUGCUGGAUGGGAUUUUUUUGCAUUCCGAUGAGGUUUUUAUUACCUUGUUUAGCUGGUUCUUCUAACAGUUUCUUGAAUUAAAUUUAUUAUAAAAUUAAACAUCCUUGCAGAGGUCAGUUUUAUUGGCUUAAAGCAGGGGUGACUAACCUGUGAUCCUCCAGAUGUUGCUGGACAUAAAACCGGUCCCUUACUAUUGGCUGGGGCUGAUAAGAAUUGGUCCAACAACAGCUGGAGAGCCAUAGUGUAACCAUUCUGGUUUAAAGAGUUUUGUGUACUGCUAUUGAGUGCUCACUGGAAGGACAGAUCCUGAAGCUGAGGCUCCAAUACUUUGGCCACCUCAUGAGAAGAGAAGACUCCAUGGAAAAGACCCUGAUGCUGGGAAAGAUUGAGGGCACAAGGAGAAGGGGACAACAGAGGAUGAGAUGGUUGGACAAUGUUCUUGAAGCUACCAACAUGAGUUUGACCAAACUGCGGGAGGCAGUGGAAGACAGAAGUGCCUGGCGUGCUCUGGUCCAUGGGGUCACGAAGAGUCGGACACGACUAAACAACAACAACAAUACUGCUAUUGCAUGCUGCUCUGUUUUAAGCAGAAUUCUUGACUUUUUAAUGUCUUGCCACUACAGUGGUACCUCAGGUUACAGAUGCUUCAGGUUACAGACGCUUUAGGUUACAGACUCCGCUCACCCAGAAAUAGUACCUCGGGUUAAGAACUUUGCUUCAGGAUGAGAACAGAAAUUGUGAUCCAGAGGUGUGGCGGCAGCGGGAGGCCCCAUUAGCUAAAGUGGUGCUUCAGGUUAAGAACAGUUUCAGGUUAAGAAUGGACCUCCGGAACAAAUUAAGUUCUUAAUCCAAGGUACCACUGUACAGCUUGUCUUCUCACUAAACUUUUGAAGAGCUGCAGCCUGUUAGUGUAGACCAGGCAUUGGGAACAUCAGGCCUGUGACCCUCUCCAGCCCAUGUCCCUCACUGACCCUGCUCCAAAUCCUUCUCAAGUUUUGUUUUUUGCCUGGUUGGAAUGUGUUAUUGAACUGUGAUAAUUACUUAUUCUUGUUUGGAUGGAGAGAUGGAGGAACAGCAGAUAGAAACCUCAGACUUCCCUGUGUCUGGAAUGUAGCCUGCUUUACAAAAGUGAAUCACAUCUGUUGCUCUGCCCAACUUUUGUCUCCCUUCCGCCCACCCCCACCCCCAGCUAGCAUGUGGCCCUCAAGCUGAAAACCCUGGUGCAGUUAGUGUUGAGCAAGAUGGACUAAUGGUGUGAUGAUAUACUACUUGUGUUUCCUAUCUAAUGCUGGCUUCUUCUAUGGAGCAAUGUUACCAAAUCCUUGAUAAAAGAAUAUUUCAUCUCCUAGUGAAUGUGUAUCAUGCUUGUCUGGUGCAAGGUCUGUAUACUUGCUCAAUGCGUGUGGGAUGCCUGGUCUCUACAUUUCAUACAUUUGGAUCCACCAGCAAUUCCAUCCCCAGCAAUUUCCAUGUGGAAAUGCACAGCUUCAACUCUGUUGCCUUCUCUGAUUCAUUAGCCUGACAUUCAAUUUUAAGUGAAAUGCAGGCAGGGAAGUUUUUUAACCCAGGAAUGGGAACCUGUGGCCCUCCACAUGUUGGACUCCAACUCACAUCAGCCGGCAUGACCAAAGGUCAGCAAUAAUGGGAGGUGUAGUCCAGUUAUUUAUGGAGGGCCACUGGUUUCCCACCCCUGGAUUAGCUCUUUACCCUCCACACCAUUUUUCUGAUCAUGGGUGUCCCACAGGGUCAGGAGGGUAUUCGAGUAUCACUAGCAUAACAUAUGACCUGUGUGUAUGAUGCCAGUAAGUGGUAGGACCGUUCUAUUACAUCACUAACCAUAUUAAAACAUCUACAUAUAAAGGGGGCUUUCUUGUUUCACUGCCCUCACAAUUUGGGGACUGGCAGCCCAGGAGACGGCAUUUUCUGUGGCAGCUGCUAAGUUGUGGAAUUCCCUCACCACAGAGGUGCGUCUGGUACCUUAUGCAAUUUCCCUCAUGUGCUGAACUUACAUGCAUCUACCCUGGCCUUUGGCAUGUGACAAAUGUUUUUAGGACCCAUCCUAUUAUUCUGUUUCUUUUAAACUGGUUUUAGUAGUGUAUUUUUAAAUUGCUGUACCUUGUAGUGAAGUGUGGGCAAGAAGUUGAAUGAAUAAUGAUAGGAAUACAUGUACAAAUUGCCUGCCUGUUAGCAAUGUUUUGUAAAUAUCUAUAUCUGUUGACACUAUUGGAUGUAUGAAUUGUUAUUGCUAGAUCCCUGCAGCUUUUCUAGCUGCCUCAUGUUCUAAACUUCUAGUAAAAAAUGAGUCAGAUGAAACUACUGUGGCUGCCUGGUGAGUCAUCAGUCAGCAGAAAUACAAGGUCAUCAAUGAGACUGAACUCAUUCAGAGGGAUGGUGGCUUACUGAGUCCUAUGAAUAUGCUUGAUUUUUAAAAUACCAGUUCUUCUACAGCAUUUUAAAAACUAUCAGUUGCCUUCCCAUGUAAGUAGCGUGGACACAACACAUAUUAUCAGCUUUCAAUCACAUUAUUUACUAAAAAGUUAUUCUCGAGAAAGACCUGAGUGCCUGUGUGGUGUAGUGGUUAAGAGCGGUAGUCUCGUAAUCUGGGGAACCGGGUUCACGUCUCCGCUCCUCCACAUGCAGCUGCUGGGUGACCUUGGGCUGGUCACACUUCUUUGAAAUCUCUCAGCCCCACUCACCUCACAGAGUGUUUGUUGUGGGGGAGGAAGGGAAAGGAGAAUGUUAGCCGCUUUGAGACUCCUUAAAGGGAGUGAAAGGCGGGAUAUCAAAUCCAAACUCUUCUUCUUCUACUUAAAUUCUCCACCCAUUUGAAAAAAACUCAUUUUAGCCUUUUGAUCUACAGCAGGAGUGGUCCAACAUGCAGGCCACAUGCGAUCCUCAAGGCCUUUUUUAACGGCCAUUUCUAAGUACCAGAGGAGCGACGCUAGUGGCAAUGGGAGUCCCAACAUCCAGGAUUGUCCCCCCACUCCAUUGACCAGCAGCAGCAACGAAUUGCUGCACUCCGGCAUCCUUGGAAAGUCCCGCCUCCUCAGUUUCCCUGCCAUGGGUGCUCCAGGUGAUGGGACGGUGGCCAGACUUUUGGUAGCGGGGGUUCCUCCUGAUCGCUGUGGCAGGGGUUCUCAAAUGGUGUGACGCGCCACACUGGUGUGGCAGGAGAGGAUGGCAAGUGUGGUGGGAAGAUUCAGGGACAAUCCAAGUAGGAUUUAAACAUUCCAGUAUGGUAUCGUAUCAUAAGAUUAUUUUUGGGGAAUGUACAACCAGAAACAGUAUCCAUGUCUUUCUUCAAGAGCAUUGGCUAUUCUUCUACAAUUCCGCAUGACAUAUUGUUGUGAACAGGGAUUUUCAACUCUGACAAAUACGAAAGAUCAGAAGAGAGAAAGGCUUGUUUGUGUUGAUGAGGAGAUGAUAUUUUGUCGCAAAUUAGACCUAAUAUAAAUAUGAUUACCCAGCAAAAGUAAGAUCACACACCUCAUUGAGUUUGUAUACAUCCUUAAGGUACAUAUUUAAGAGGCUUGUUUAUAAUUAUACUUGGGAAUGAUUCAUCUUAUGUAUCUGCAUUGUUUUAUACUUUCUGGAUGUCCCAUGAUCAUAUUAUAAAGUAGUUGUGUUCUAUGUUAUAAAUCAAGCACUGCUAGGAGUUGUUUCUUUUUGUUUUCAAUAUAUUUCUUACCAAUAAAAGGAAUGGUGUGGCAUGAACAAAUUUUCAUUCCGAACGUGUGGCAUGGAGAAGAAAGUUUGGGAUCCACUAGUCUAAUCCCUGUUAAAGGAGGGGGGGAGAUAGACAAGACAAAAACAACAACAGGAAGCAAAAGAAGAGGCAAAGCCUCAAAAUAUCCCUGAAAGAUAAAACUUUAUCAGUAGUAAUAGGCGCUGUGAAACAAUAAGAUGAUCAAUAUAUUUCUGUUGAUGACAGCCUUCCUCAGGGGCACUUCACAGAAUUAAGGUUCUGUCAAACCAGAAUUCAAAUCCCUGGCUGAGAAAAGAUUUGAUUACCAUAAAUCACUAUCUCUUGGCUUCAGUGCUUUAUUUCAUAGGAUCCCCGUGCAUACAAAUGAGAUUAUCAAAUAGUCACAGAUGAAAAGUUCAUUGUGAAUGUAAAAUCCAUAAAAGGAAAACCCUGAAGGUGGAAUCCCCCCACCCACUUUGUUUUGAAGUAUGAAAAAGCUAGUUAACUGUAAAACACUUUGCACCUUUUCAUAUCCUCGUAUGUGAAAGACAUUGAGAUUGGCCACUAGAUGGCCCUGCAAGCAUUACAUUAUAUACAAUCUUUUGUUGAAUAUAACUCCUAUUUACAUAAAUAUGAGGCAGUCGGUUUUGUUUUUCUACUGAUGCUCAAUACAGGUGUAGGUAGAACUUUACUAAAGAACAUCACCAACUUGAUUUUGUAGUGCUAACCUGCAGUAGUAAACUUUGAGGAACCUUAACAGCAAAAAUGCUCUGUUUCAAUCCCUAGGAACGGUUUGAAGCUCUCUUCUCAAUCUACGAUGAUCAUGUUACAUUCCAGCUAUUUAAAAGCUUUAGAAGAGUAAGGAUAAAUUUUAGCAAUCCAGAAGCAGCAGCAAGAGCACGAAUAGAACUUCAUGAGACAGACUUCAAUGGGAAAAAACUCAAGCUGUAUUUUGCCCAGGUAUGCAUGCAUGUUUGUCAAGAUUUGUAUCCUGUCUUCCUAUCCAAGGUGAUAUCUCUCUUCCAUAUUAUCCAGGUGUGAAGCACCUUAUCUGUCUUACCCCUUUAUUAAGCCUUCUAUGUAUUUUUCCAGUAGCAAUUUAAACACCUGAUGGCAAACACUGCCUGUCUUUUUGACCUGUUCUGUUCUAGACCAGAGACAAAAGUGAGCAGGCAACAAAUGUAAUUUUUACCUUUUGUAGAAUAGCCUCAUUUCUACAUCCAGACAAGCAAGAGACAUUAUAGAUGACCAUCAAGAUGACCAUCCAACCUCUGCUUAGAAAUCUCCAGUGAAGCAGAGUCCACCACAUUCCAAAGGAGUCCAUUCCAUUGUCAAACAACUCUUACCAUCAGAAAGUUUAGUCAGGUGUUUAGUCAGAAUCUCCUUUUUUGUAACUUGAAUCCUUUGGUUUAGGUCCUACGCUCCCGAGCAGGAGAAAACAAGCUUUCUCCAUCUUUCACGUGACCAGCCCUUUAGAAAUUUGAAAAGGGCUAUAAUAUCUCCUCUUUAGCUUUUUUGCUGCUGCACCACACUGUUGACUCAUGUUAAGCUUGGAUCCUUUUCACAUGAACUACUGGCAAACCAGGGGUUCCCCCCCCCCAUUUAAUAUUUGUGCAGCUGGUUCUUCCUGCCUAAGUGUGGAACCUUACAGUUGUCCCUAUUGAAAUUCAUUUUGUUAGUUUGGGCCCAGUUCUCCAAUCUGUUAAGGCCAUCUUGAAUCCCGAGGCUGUCUUCUGUGGCGUUAGCUACCCCUCCAAGUUUGGUGUCAUCUUCAAAUUUGAUGAGCAUCCCCCCUAUCCAUACAUCCAAGUUAUUCAUAAAGUUAUUGAACAACAAUGGACCCAGGCCCGAACCCUGUGGCACCCUACUUGUCACCUUUUUCUGGAUGAAGAGGAACCAUUAGUUACCUCAUCCAGCCCAUAUUUUACCAGCUUCCUCGCAAGAAUAUAAUGGGGGACUUUGUCAAAAGCCUUAGUGAAAUCAAGAUACUCUACACCCACAGCAUUCCCCUGACCCACCAAGCUUGUAACUAUAAAAAAAGGAAAUGAUAUUCAUCUGGCAUGACUUGUUUUUGAAAAACCUAUGCUGGGUCUUAAUAAUCACAUCAUCUUCUAAGGAGACAUUUGCCUGCCUCCAGUCUGCAGGGACCUCACCCAGUCUCCAAGAAUUCUCAAACAUUAUAUAUUAUUUAGUGCAACCCCAACCACAACAGUUGGUGGCCAUAAGGCUAUGUUUUCCUUUCAGAAAGGAAUGUACACAAGCCAGUAUGUUCCUUGCAGAUGUUUUAUGAGCUGCUGUACUUCACUAUAGAGGGUUAGGGCUCUAUGCACUCAAUGCUUUUUUAAAAAAAUGUAAAACUCUACUCUUAGAAAGUAUUGUUCCUGUGACCUGCAUUUCUCUUACCUCAUACAAUUAUUCAUUUUUUGUCUACUAUUUGUGUUCAUUUUAUUCUAGCUUCAGUAGUGAAGAAGAGGAGUAAGAAUCCAAACAGGGCAUGACUAUUCCCCUUCCCUCCCACCACCACUGGACUUCUUGUUUGGCCAUCACUGGCUUUUUUAUUUCAUCAGAAAUCAAUCAUACACUUCACAGCCAUAAGCACUAGAAACACUAUUGUAAAGAAGAAAAUACUGCAGUCACAUACCAUAUAUGUCCCUGCGCUUAAUCACAGCACAUGUACGACCAUUUAAUUAGUCAUGAGGCUGGGGAUCUAUUCCUUGCUUAGCCAGUGAUUCAGUGGAUAGCUUUGAGCAGAUCCAUGGCUGUAAAAUUGCAUGGUAGUGGCCUCCCCAGCUGGAAGAAUGGAUGAGCUAAGACCUGAAAACCAUUCUGUAGUACAUUUGUAGUGUAGGCAUUUCAUAAGAGCUUAGUCAAUGUAUUCUAUACUGACGGCAUGGUCAAUGUUUAACUAAAAUAGCUACAGGGAAGGAAACUGUGCGUUUAGUAUCUGGAUUCCUUCUCCAGUCAGUGAAAGAGGUGAAUUGUGUGGCUAGGCUAGAAAAAUAGUUAAGAACUAUCUUUCAAGAGAAUAAUGGCCUCCUCUUACUGUUUUGACUGCAUUUGUUUUCUCAGGUUCAGGUGCCCAAUGAAGUGGGAGACAAAUCUUACCUCUUGCCACCACAGCCUGUCAAACAGUUCCUGAUAUCGCCACCUGCAUCUCCACCAGUAGGAUGGAAGCCAAGUGAAGAUGCCACUCCCAUGAUAAACUAUGACUUGCUCUGUGCUGUUUCAAAAUUGGGCCCUGGUAGGAAUGCUUUUUUUCUGCCUUGCUUUCUCCAUUUCUAUAUUAGAAAAAAAUGAUAGCAGCAGGCUUGUAAAUUUCCACUUGCCUGGUAGCCUGUGACACAUAAAAAUGGUCCCGAGAUGACUAUGAAAGGAAACUUUUUUUAAAAAAAAGCUUUGCUUUGUUUUGGGACCACAAAUGACUAAUAUGCGUGAGGGGUGAGGGGGCUACCAUAAACGUCUGUCGUCUAAUAACUUUUGUGAACUUUUCUGUCUGCAAUAGACUGCAAUAAAGGACUAUAGGUAAAAAGAAUAAUUUUGGUACAAAAUGUAAACAGAAUUCCAUAACCACAAAACUUAACGAUGUGAAGUUGGAAUGGAUUGUUUAAAAUUUGAUUCUGCACAGUUCGAGCAGAUUGAUUUCCUGCUCCCCAGUGGUGCUGGUUGUUGGCACCACAAGUUGGAAGUUGCUUUGUUUGUGAGGCAAAAAAGGGACUGGGAGCAAGUGAUGUUGAGUAGGUCAUUUCUACUCAAAUUGUCCUGUAGUUUUGAUACACUGUUUAGAAUUUAAGAGGGGAGAUACAGAUAUAUAGAUAUACAGUGGUACCUCAGGUUACAUACGCUUCAGGUUACAGACUCCGCUAACCCAGAAAUAGUGCUUCAGGUUAAGAACUUUGCUUCAGGAUGAGAACAGAAAUUGUGCUCCGGCGGCGGCAGGAGGCCCCAUUAGCUAAAGUGGUGUUUCAGGUUAAGAACGCACCUCCAGAACGAAUUAAGUACUUAACCCAAAGUACCACUGUAUAGAUGUAUAUAGAUAUAGAUACACACACACAUGCACCUUUUAUAGUGUGCUGUCCACCAUGCUAAUACAAUAAUGCUGUAAUUUGUCCUACCCUCUAGGGGAGAAGUAUGAGCUUCAUGCAGGAACAGAAUCCACUCCCAGUGUCGUCGUCCAUGUGUGCGAAAGUGAAACAGAAGAGGAAGAUGAAAUUAAAAAUCCCAAACAGAAGAUAGUGCAGACGAAGCGCCCGGAUCCACCACCCACAUUAAUAAAUGAAACCAAAACUCUUGAAUGUACGCUAGAGGUAGGGGGUGGGAUGCACUACUGAAUUUGAGGCUCUCUGACAACAGCAGUGAGUGGUAAAUGUUUGCAUUGCUGUGUGACGCAUAGCGGCAAAAGACUUCUCUUGUAGUCGUCUCGCAUCAGAAAGACUAUAGAUGCCAACGUUUUGAAGAGCACUUUAAUUUUAAGGUUAACUCCCAAGAUGUAGCAAAUCCACUGGGUUUCAAGUCCUAGAAUACUAGGAAGGUGCCAUUUUUGGAAUGUGUGUUACCAUUUUCUUGGUGUUCAGAAGGCAGAAAGGAACUUGGCUGCUGCCAUCUCUAUAUGGGUUACCACAUGGUUUUGUAUGUGAGUCUCAUGUAUAUUUUUGUGUGCUGAUGUAUAACAUGAUCUGAGUAACAUGAUGUUCUAAGUAAUAUAUUGAUGAAAUAUAAAUGUAAUGUACAAUGUACAUUGUUAUCAGUAGAAAAAUCUCAAACUGGUUUGGGGUGAUAGAACCAAAUUUCCAAACAGGUUUGCUUUUGUGAUUUUUGUUUUUCCUUAGAAAUGCCAUAGUUGUGUGUGUUGAAUUUCAAGGUACUCUUGUGAAUUGACGUGAGGCAAAAGACAACAUUGGAACUGUGAUAGGUUGUCUUUCUGCUCGUUGCACCUAUGAAAUGCAAACUAGGAAGCUGCAGAUUAUGGACUGACUCCCUCUUUGGCCUGUGUCUCCUAAUUUUUCUUAGCCUGUGUCUGUCUCCAGCUGUGACUGUCCCAAGUGCAGGAUUUAUUUUCUGUGUUUAUCUUGUAUCUCUAGCAGCAGGAUUCAUACAGCCAGGAAGGGUCCUACAUCCACAUGGCUCUUCAAAAGCUUAGCGCCAGAGUGUUGCACGUCUUGUCCAGCCAACUAAAUUCCUCAACUGGAUUCUCCAGGAUGUGGUAUGCAAAAGUGCACAGCCACCCCCUACAGCAGUGACAGUGUAGAUGUGCCCCUGUGCAGGUCUGGAAGUAUAUAUCCCAUUUUUUCUUUUCCCCAUUUCCUCCUAAAGGCUCAGACUGGUUUGUGCCCCUACAUAGCAGGGUGGAUUUGAUUUGAUUUAAAUCAAAUCAAGUUAAAUCACUAUUUAAAUCACUAGUCAGUAAGACUUGAUUUAAAUCACUUUUUUACAGAAAGACUCAUUCUUGCUGGUAUAAUCUUCAUAUUUACAACCAGAUGUAGGUUUCAUUUUUGGAAUAAUAAAUUUUCAGAGUACUUUAUACAGUUAUAUCAAAAAUUACUGAUUUGGUUAUACUGUUAGAAAUACAUAGACAAAUAAUUAUGAAAUUAUUGUUUAUAUUUGGGCAACUUUUCUGCUGUACUUUAUUGGAAGGAGAAAAAUAAUCAUUUCCUCAAUAAUAAUUUAAACAAUUUAUUUACUAAAACAAUAACAUUAUAGCAUAUGUAUCCAUGUUUGUUAACUGAUGUGGUUAAACAAUUUAAAAAAACAACAACAGACUGAGUUUUAGCACACAUUAAAAACUUAAAACAAAUCCUUCUUUCCUGAUGAAUAGCCUUUAGACUAUAAUGUAACUUAAAUAGAAAACUAUCUUUAGAAAUAUUUUUCCUCCAAAAGCAAUUUUAUUUUAAAAAUCCGAUUUAACUAAAAAAAAAUCCAAUUUAAAUGAAAAAAUCCGAUUUUUUUAUUUUUAUCCACUCUGCUACAUAGUCUUCUUUGCUGAGCUAUUACAGCCCUCCCACCCUUCAACUGUCCUACUUCUUGACACCCAAGCCCUCUUCAGACCCCUUUUGGUUCUCUUUGCAGAGAACAUUGAUUUAGCAGGUUUGGGGGAGCUUCUGCUGGAAUUGCUUGCUUAUUGCCUGAGCUUUCCUUCCUUCCUUCCCUCUCUCCCUUUGCAUUGAAUCUUCUAUCCCUACUACUUCUUAGGGAGGGAGAAGAAUGUGCUGCAGGAAAAGUGUUGACCACCCAGCUGCCUAGACUUGACAAAUAAGGCUAGCCUUGUUUGUUAUGCCUUUUCUUAACACUGUGUUUCCCACCUUAGCAAUUUUCAGCAAAGUAGCACCUUCAGAUGCCAGAUAUUUUCCGUAACACUACAUAGCUGGUACUUUUUAUGGUUGAACUAAAUGAAAGAAUGGAGGGGGUGGGUGGGAAGUAUAUGUUGGAUUCUAUUUUAUCUAUAAAACCAUCAGCUCUACCAAAUUUGCUAAAACCAAGAGUAUUACAGCACAAGCUUUUGUGGACUACAUGCAAAUUUGCUGGGAAUUGUGUUGGAUCUCAGUGAGGAAGGACCUCUCUCUUUAUGCCCAGUGUCGGAAACCGCUUUUCUUCCUGCUCCACUUUAUCUGACAUACGUAGUGGGGGGAGUGUGUUCAAGUCUCUGCACCAGGCUAUGGAAACAUUCAGAAGCAGUUUGAAUCGCUUUUGCUUGAGACUCUUUGGAGCCAAAUACACGGCAGAAAAAUUAUACAGGUUUCAGUUCUCUACAUCUGUCAGAAGCCACAGAGAAAGAAGCCACCAAUAAUGGCUAGCCGCUAACAUCAGUCCAAAUGACCCCUUAUUUAUAGUGAUUCAAGGAAGUCUGUACCACUUCAAGCUUAAGCAGGACUUUGUCCUACUAGUGAGUGAAGACUGUCUUUGCUCGGGACCAGGUUUUAGGGGUACAGUGUUGGAGGUGGACAAGUAAGUCCCAUUUAAAGCUUGCACAACGCUAAAAUUUACUGGCUGGCCUUGGGCCAGUUAUACUUUCUUCAUGGGCUACCCCAAACUCUUGAUGCACAUGUAAAGUUGAAUAUAGUGGAGAAUAAAGGCAGUUGCUCUUUUACCAGAAUAAAUCUUAAUUCUUGCCUGUUUAUUAAGAACCAAGGCAAAGGUACUUAUCACAGAAGUUGUUGGUUCCCUAAAAUAUGUUGUAAGGCGUUUUCCUCUCUUCUGUUAGCAUUUUUUUAAAAAAAAACAUCUUGAUAACAUUUGUUCUAAAGAAAAGUAGAAUUUGGUUCUUUCUAAUAAAUGAUCCAUGUUUACUGCGGUGUGCUCAGAACAGAGUAUUAAGUCUGUUUUUGCAUGAUAAACUUAGGAGGUGAGGAAAUCAAUUCCUGAAUGUGAACCAUGAUGAUAUCCAGGUGGUAUAGCUUUGUUUGUGGGUCUUUGAAACCCUCUAUACCUCAACUAGAUUCCCCGUAGCUGACAUUCACCUUCUCUUCAGGAGUCCUAAUCUCUUCAGUAGUGAAGCUGCAAGAUGUAUUCUUUUAUAGGUUUAUGUACAAUAGCGAGAUCACCUAUAAAUAUAUACUUAACAAAAUUGCCUGGUACCUGUCAAUUUUCUAGGCAAGCUGUUUCCUAAGGCAGUAGAAAGAGGAUCUGCCCUUGGGGCCAAAUCUGCUUUCCUGAAAAAUGUUCCCUCAUUGCCAAUGCAGAGGUGAGAGAAGUGUAAAGAGACCAAUAUUUGAAGCGGCGAGGUAUGCUGGCAGGCUGCUUUAGAGAGUGAGGAUUGGGGUGUUAGGCUGCCACGCCUUCUGCUUUCCAGGGCUGUCCCUGUCAUUAGGCAGAAUGAACCCUCAGUUGGCAGAUGAUUGGAGGCAGUGGUGGCAGCCACCCUCUGUUUCUCUUGACUCCUCCCUUGCCAUUCCCUUCUGUGUGCCACAUGUCCUGUGCUGCACCUCCUGAACUAGCCUGCUGCCCGCAGGUGCAGAGGGCAUUAUUCUGUCGCUAGUGUUGAAAUAAGAUCCAGCUGUCAGCCUAGUUGUCUUGUGCAGAUGGGAUGGGAGGGGGAAACUCCACCCUGUCCUUUGCCUCAGGCAGCAAAAUGCCUUGGCCCAUAAAUUGUACUUUCUCGGAGUGGUUUCCUGAUAGUUGGGGACCAGGGCUAUAGAACUUGGAGAAUACUGUGCUUUUCAUAAUGAAGUGUCAAAUCAUGAGACGUGUUUUACAGCCUGGUAUUGCUAUAGAUGAUGGUCAACAGUGUUUUUCAAAAAGGACAAAUAAAACAUUUUGCCAUUUA